GAAAGAUAUAUUGGGUUGACUCGAACUGGUUGAAAUAACAGCAAAACCCUGGUUCUACAUAAACCCCAGACGAAGCCCAAAGUUUUCUCUCAGUUAUGGCUCCUGAUGCUGCUGAUGCUCUUGCAGUUAGAGAAAAGGUUAUGAAGUUACUGAAUGCUGCUUGUUCAGGGAACAUUGCGCUUUUCAAGAAUUUGGCUAAGCAACUGGAUAAUGGGAAAGGGUUGGCCGGGACGGUGGCGGAUGUGAAGGAUGCUAAUAAAAGAGGGGCAUUGAUUUUUGCUGCUAGAGAAGGCCAGACCGAGUUCUGCGAGUUCAUGGUAGAAGAGUUGAAACUUGAUGUCAAUACAAAAGAUGAAGAAGGUGAGACUCCUGUUCUUCAUGCUGCUCGUCAAGGACACACUGCUACUGUCCAGUACCUCAUAGAACAAGGUGCUGAUCCUGAAACACCUAGCGCUUCAGGGGCAACAGCUUUGCAUCAUGCUGCAGGAAUGGGACAUGUUGAAGUGGUUAAAUUCUUACUCUCAAAGGGCGUAGAUGUUGAUUCACAAAGUGGUGCUGGAACACCACUUAUAUGGGCUGCAGGUCUUGCCCAGGAAGAUGCUGUUAAGGUUUUGCUGGAACAUCAUGCUAAUGUUAAUGCUCAAACAGAAGAAGAUGUCUGUCCGUUGGUAUCAGCUGUAGCAGCCAAUUCAUUGCCUUGCGUGGAACUGUUAGUAAAGGCAGGAGCUGAUGUCAAUGUUAGGGCUGGUGAAGCAACCCCUUUGCUCAUUGCUGCUCAUAAUGGUAGUGCAGAAAUUAUUAAGUGCUUACUACAAGCUGGAGCUGAUCCUAAUGCUGCUGAUGAGGAUGGUAACAAGCCAGUACAUGUUGCAGCUACAAGGGGCUGUCGGCCGGCUGUUGAAGCUUUGUUCGCAGUCACACCACGGAUUCAGAGUGUUCGAGAAUGGAGUGUGGAUGGACUCAUUAAGUUUAUGCAAUCUGAGCCUAUCCUAUCUGAAACUAGGAUAAAACAGGAAAGAACAGAAGCUGGGAGGGAACCAAGCAAGAGAGAAACUAUUAUUCCAAAGAAAGAUUUACCAGAGGUGACUCCUGAAGCAAAGAAGAAAGCUGCAGAUGCGAAAGCGAGGGGAGAUGAGGCAUUUAAGAGGAAGGAUUACACUAUGGCUGUGGAUGCUUAUACACAGGCAAUCGAUUUUGAUCCAACUGAUGGCAUUCUGUAUUCGAAUAGAAGUCUUUGUUGGAUCCGCUUGGGGCAAGCUGAACAUGCUUUAAGUGAUGCCAAGGCCUGCAGACAACUUAGACCGGAUUGGGCAAAAGCUUGUUUUCGGGAAGGUGCAGCUCUACGGCUAUUGCAGAGGUUUGAAGAUGCAGCCAAUGCUUUCUAUGAGGGGGUACAGAUCGACCCUGAAAGUAUGGAGCUCGCAACUGCUUUCAGGGAAGCUGUUGAGGCUGGUAGAAAAUUUCAUGGCACGAAUAAGAAAAAUUCUCAGUCAUCCAGGAGUUAGUGGUGUUAAAAAGUGCAUAAUGACAGGACUUCUGCCUGAGCAAGUAGAUAAUUUUAUCGGACAUGCCCUUUUUUUGGUAGUUUCAGAAUGUAUCAUGUGAUGUUUUUCCCUCUAGUGAUUUGUUCUGUUGCAUCUUCAGAAAUUUAUACUCACAAUAUAAUUUCUUUUUUCUGAGGUUCCUCCCACA